AUGCCGGUUUUAAUCAAGAGUUGCGCUGAUGCAAAACCCAGAGACAGAUUUGCUUGCAAAGUUCAUUCUAAGCACCGUAACGCCGUACUGGAGAUCCUUAAUGUGCAGAGGUCUGAUUCUGGCCUCUAUUUCUGUGCCAAAGGAACUCCUGAUGGCUUGUAUUUCAGCACUGCAACAUCUUCACUGAUUGUUGGAGCCUUUGUUAUCCAUACGUGGUCCUCCUUGCUGUACAAUCUUUCUUUGUUUUCCUCAUCAAACAGCUAUACUCCGAGCACCUGGGUGAUGCUUUUGCAGCCCUCUAACCAAGACCCAGCUUCCCAGACCAAGAACCAACUGGUUUGUGUGGUCCAUGGUGUGUCCAACUUAGUCCAGGUGUCCUGGGACGUCCCGGGAGGUCUGCAGCAAGAGGGCCAGACCUUUUUGGCGAAAAACAGCAGUGGGUCGUUAACCUUCGUCAGUGUCCUUCACCUCCCCAUGGAAUUACAAUACACUGGGGGAAACAUCACCUGCGAAGUCAGGUUCAACUCUUCCAGCACCGGCGUGAAGGAAACUGCUGUGUUCAACGCAGCUUCCUUGACAGAAGGUGACGAAAAGUGCCUAACCCACAAAGUGUCCUUGGCUAUCGUAGCAGGAUUGGCAUCGCUGCUCAUCUUCCUGAGUUUCCUUUGGGUCCGAUUUGGCCUUUCCUGGCUAGGUUUCCACACCAAGAUCUCCGAGCCUCCAUCUUCAGGGACAACAGAGGAUGGGAUUUGCUACGCCCAACUGGACUUCCAGGCAAAGACCCAAGAUGAGAGGAAGAGAAGACCAGGAGUGCAAGGGAAGAAAUCCAAAAUUUUGAAGGACCUUUGA